AUGGCCAUCCGUGAAUCCACCGGGUGGCACCGCCACGUCCCGACCCUGCGGUGGCACCGCCACGUCCAAAACCUGCGGUGGCACCUCCACAUCCCGACCCUGCGGUGGCACCGGGAUCGGCCCGGGUCAGGGCGGUGUCGCCGUGACGUCCCCAAGGCCACGUGGCUCGGCCCCCUCGGGGACAAGGAGCGUGUCCCUGUCCCCCCGGCGUCCCAGCCCAACCGGGGCAACGGCAGACGAGAGAAAUUUAAAAUAACGCCGCAUCUCUCCCACGCCAGGACCACCAUCCCUCCCCCCGGCAGCCACAAUGCCCCUCACACCGAUUGUCCCCAUCCCCGCUGCUUCCCCAGCCCGGAUCCGUCCCGCUCCUGCCACAGCCAUGCCGGUGUCACCGUCCCCAUCCCCGCCACCGGGACCGGGACCCGCGGGCCUCCCCAACCCCGCAUUCCCCUGCCCGGAUCCAUCCCGCUCCUGCCGUGGUGGCGCCGGUGUCGCUGCCGGUGUCACCGCCCCCAUCCCCGGCCCCGCAGCAGUGCCGGUGUCACCGUCCCCAUCGCCGCCACCGGGCCCCGCAUUUCUGCAGCCCCCGCGGCCCCGCCGCGUCCCCAGCCCGGACCCGGCCCGGAUCCAGCCCUCUCCCGCCGUGGCGCUGCCGGUACCGCUGUCAGUGUCGCUGUCACCGUCCCCAUCCCCGCCACCGGGCCCCGCACCCAGCGCGGAUCCGUCCCGCUCCUGCCGGUGUCACCGUCCCCACGGCCGGCCCCGCAGUGGGGGCGGUGCCAGUGCCGGUGCCGGUGCGGGUGCCGGUGCCGGUGCCGGUGCCGCACGUACCUGGUCCGUGCUCAGGGCGCGCCGGGACUCAUCGCCGCCGGUAGAGCCGAGCACCCCCGCCGGCACCGGGGGCUUAAAAGCAGGGCUCAGAGAGGGGGGCAGCGGGCCGGGCCCCCCCCGGAGGGGGCCGAGCCGGGCCGGGCCGGGCCCAGCGGCGGAGAACCCGCGCCCGCUCCGCGCUGCCCGGCGCAGGGCGAGGGGCGGCCGCGCAUGCGCCGCCCCCCCAAACCGGGGCCAACCCCCCCCAAAAGCGGGGCCGCCCCCUCCCCAUCGAGCGGGGCCGCCUCUUGCACCCCGCGCAGCGUGGAAGGGCGGCCACCCCGCACCUGGGACACGAGCGGGGACGCGGGAGGGGACCCGGGAGGGGACACGGGCGCCUCCUUGGCGACCCCCGCGGUGGCGACGCCACCAGCUCACCCGUGCGCUGAUUUUGGGGGAGCCGGGCUGGCACGGGACACGGGGGACACGGGGCCCGGGCAGCCCCGCUCUGACUCGGGCCACACGCCGGCCGGGGAUGCUCGGCAGAGCCCACACGGCCGCCGCCCGCCGCACAAAAGGCACCGGGCGGUCGCUUCCUGCGCCGCCGGCACGGCGGGCCCCGGUGCGAGCGGGGGGCCUGGAGCCGUGCCCGCGCUGGCCUUGGCACCGGCCUCGCCAUCAGCUCCUGGAGCCGGUGGAAAGGCCUCCCCGGGGCGCGGCGGAGCGCCGGGCUGGACGGCAGCCGGGAGCCGCCGGCCCGGGCCCAGCGGCGGCAGCGCCGAGUUCCUCGACAGCGAGGAAGCACUGCAGGGUCGGGGUCUCCGGGAUGAGGAGGGGGCCGCUGCCGGCAGGCGCGUGCGGGAGGCGAAACUCGACGGGGGAAGGAGGGGAGGGAGGAGGAGGAGGAGGAAGGCAGAGCCGGUCACGCGUGUGCUGCUGCGUGGCGUGCCCCCGCGGGUGUGCACACAGGCGUGUGACAUGUGUGUGACAUGUGUGUGCGGGCGGCAGCGUGUCCCCAGCCGGGGCCGAGCCCCGGGGCGGCGCGGGGACGGGAAUGGGGACCAGGACGGGGAUGGGGACGGGGAUGGAGACAAGGAUGGGGACGAGGAGGGGGCGGUGGCUUCGCAGCUCUCGCCGGGUUUAUUUUUGCCGGUGACUGAGCUGAGGCGGCCUCGGCGCGGCCGCCGUGACUCACCCAGCACCGGGAGCUCUGCGGGGCUGCGGAGCCGGGGGCUGCGCCGCUCUCCGCCGGUGUCACCAGCAGAGCUGCCCCGGGAAGGUCCCCGCGCCCCCCGCCCGUGCCCCCCCAGCACCGGGAAAGGAGCGGGGAUCCCCAAGGACACGCGGGGACCGGUACCGGGAACCGGUACCGGGGGCGAGGCUUUUGCAGGGGGGCGAACAUGGCGGGAGGGGUCGGUGGUGCUGGGGGACACGGAGGGUGGCGGGGGGCACACGGAGCUGCCGUGGCGGAGUCCCCGCGAUGCCGAGGGCGGUACCGGACACCGGGAGCGGGGCGGCGGCUCCGCCUCUUCCUGCGGCGGGCGGUGA